GUGCAGACACUGCCUUGCUGCGGGAGGUGUGGCAACGGGCGAUGCGCGCCGAGGACCGAUGCAACGAGGCGCUCUUGGAAGCUUGGUCUGCUACCAUGACCACCUCGGAACGCUUGGAGGUGGCGACCCAGGACCAGGGCUUCCUCCACAAUUGGGUGCAGCACAUGGAUUUGGGCACGCUGGACGAUGGCGAGGUUUUGGACGACUGUGAGAACCACACGGCUUUGGUUCAAAGGAUCUAUGGCAUGGCAGUGGCCAAGGUGAGCACAUCUUUUCAACCGUUGGCUUUGCAGAUCAACACUUUCAAGGUGCUGGCCUCAUACCAGGAGCGGCAGCUCCAGCAUCGACGCUUGGACUAUGUUUCGGCACCAACUCCUCCCGCCCUGUCGUCCAUGGAGGAACUUAAGAGCUUGGUGCAAGCGAUCGCUGAGCCUUCGAGCCUGGAAGGUCAAGCGCUCGCUGCCCGUGCCACGAAGGUGUCUGAACAAUUUUGCCCAGGUGAGGAGUUCCUUUUAGAGGACAUCAUUUUGCAGGCAGAGCCUGUGAAAGACCUGUUGUUGCUAUAA